CCCGCCUCCCCGUGUGUUGGCUGCAUGGUUUCCACCCCCUCUUCCUUUCAGACACCUUUUGUGUGUUUUUUAUGAACCAACAAAAACAGACCGCUUCGGCUGCGUUUUUAAUUUAAGCGCACAGACAAUGCAGAGAGGUGUCUGUGCGCUUCUCUGAAGGCCGCGGAUCGUUUCCUCAGCGCCAUUUUUAGACUGCUCGGCUCGGUGUGUGAUCAUGGACAGCGACUACACGUCUGGAUUGGAAAACCCUCUGUACAGCGAGCUGAAAUACUUCUGUAGGAAAAUACAGGAGGCCUACAACGAUCUCAAGGAAGAGCUCACACCUUACCGUGAUGAUCGAUUUUACAGACUGGCCCCCAUGCGCCUCUACACUUUGUCUAAAAGACAUUUUGUCCUGGUUUUUUUGGUGUUCCUGAUCUGCUUUGGCCUCACAGUCUUCAUUGGGAUUGCAGGUCCGAGGACUAUUGCUGAGCAGAAUAAUGGUGAUCAGUCAGUAGGAAAAAAUGUUUCUGUAAAGGCUGGACUCUUUCAACUAGAUUCUCCUCCUCUCACCACCUACAACCAGCAGCUGUGGCUCACCUGUGUGAUGCAGGUUGAAAACAGCAACAUGGGAGACUUCAAGCAGCCGUUUGAGAUCAACGUCGAGCUGAAGGGAGUGAUGCAGGAUGCUAGUGUGAUGCACAUCAAGACGGUGCAGCAGAAAUCACGGACUCUGCACUGUGGUGAUAAAUGUGAUGAGAUCAUUGUGCUGCAUUUGGGUUACCUGAACUACACUCGAUACAAGGUUUCCAUCAGCUUCAAAGGCCUUGAAAACAUCACGUAUGAAAUCAAGGUCAAUUUUAUGUGGAAAACGUACAACCCCACCUUCUCACAAGUUGAGAUAUGGUUCCGCUUCGUCUUUGUGGUGUUAACCUUCAUGGUCACGUGCAUGUUUGCUCACUCCUUGAGAAAAUUCUCAAUGAGGGAUUGGGGCAUCGAACAGAAAUGGAUGUCCAUUCUGCUCCCUUUGUUGCUGCUUUACAACGAUCCGUUCUUCCCGCUGUCAUUCCUGGUGAACAGCUGGUUUCCGGGGACGUUGGAUGCCUUCUUUCAGGCUCUCUUCCUGUGUGCUCUCCUACUCUUCUGGCUCUGUGUUUACCAUGGCAUCAGAGCUCAGGGUGAGAGGAAAUUCCUCACAUUCUACUUGCCCAAGCUGAUCAUUGUAGGUCUUCUGUGGCUCUCAGCAGUUACACUUGGUAUCUGGCAAACGGUUAAUGAGCUCCAGGAUCCUACUUAUCUGUAUAAAGUGGAUAUUGUGAACUUUCAGGGUAUGAAGGUCUUCUUCCUGAUUGUUGUCGUCCUCUACAUCCUGUACCUGACAUUCCUGAUUGUUCGAGCCUGCUCUGAACUGAAGAACAUGCCUUACUCAGACCUCCGGCUUAAGUUUUUGACAGCUCUGACGUUUGUAGUCCUCGUUAUAAGCGUGGUCAUUCUGUACCUGAGGUUUGGUGCCAAGGCUCUCCAGGAUAACUUUGUGGCUGAAUUGUCAACUCAUUAUCAAAACUCAGCUGAAUUUUUAUCCUUCUACGGCCUGCUCAACUUCUAUUUGUACACAUUAGCAUUUGUGUACUCUCCCUCAAAAAACGCCCUUUAUGACUCCCAGCUGAAGGAUAAUCCAGCUUUCUCCAUGUUGAACGACUCAGACGAUGAAGUCAUUUAUGGGAGUGAUUAUGAAGACACGCCUUUACAAAACGGCCGUGCCAACAAAGUAACUGCCAAAUACCGGGAUGAGAGCGACAGCGACUGAUGUACCCCACAGAAAACCAACCUUCCUGCUUCUGCCUGUUGGAUAUGAUGCAAAUUCAUUGCAGCAGAUUAACGUGUGCAACUAUAACCAAGAAAGGAUAGAUACUGUAAGUGUACAUAGAUAUAUUUUUAAAAGGUAAAUCUCUUCUUUGCUGAUUGUAUUGUACUUUUGAAAGAUGAGGUGACCACUCAGAAAGGUGACACCGAUGUGAAAGAAUAACAUUUUUAACCAAUAUUGUAAACGCAUUUCUCCUCAUCACCAGCGCUAACUUCACAACCUGAUCGUUCAAAAUAUUCACAUAUCAGGAAGGGUUGUGCUAAGAGAUGUGGACUUGUGUGGGAUUGUUGUUUAUUUUAAUGAUUUGUGUUGAGCCACUGCUGUCUUUAUGUUUCUUGCUCUUUCUUUCAUUCCCUUCUGCUCUCCGACAGUCUGAGGGUCGGUUAACCGCUGAAGGAAGCAUAAGUUGCUCAUUUAUAAAAUCUCUGUCCCAUAAAAAUACAAAAAGAGCCUUAACUACUGUAGGUAUCACUAAUUCUACCAUUUCUGAAAAGCAGCUGUACAUUUGCACUUCUACAAGUUUUAUUUAUUUUUCCAUAAAGUGAUGUAUUAAAUCAUAUGGAUGGCUGGA